GAACCAAUGAGUUGUAAUGUUGUUUCCCACUGAGAUGAUAUUGUGGCUGCACCGAUGGGCAAAACGAGAAACGUUGUUGUUUUUGUUUAAAAAUGCUCGACUAUUAAAAAAAUGAAAGUAAAGUACAUACACUGAAAUACGAAUGCAGGGCACAGAUGUAGUCUAGAAUCGAUAAACCGUGUUUUACAGUUACGAUCAAACGUUAUGUUUGUAAUAUUAAAGUAGCGUUUCAGUAAACUAUCAGCAGAAUAAACACUGACAACGUAGAAAAUACAAAAUGUGGGGAGAAAUCGAGCCGUGCACCAAAACCAGGGAGAGUCAAAACAGCCGUGGGACAGAGCAGAAGACAAUAUUGUGGGGUGAAAUCGAGCCAUGCAGCAGCAGACUCGAUGAGUGUCAAAACACCAACAACCCCGAAUCAACUGAGAUGUGUUCAGACUCAACAAAUAUACAGGCAGAGAAGAUGUGUGGAGGAAUCAAGCCAUGCACCAAAUGUCCUACAGACACGGAUGUCAAGGAUGAUCAAACAGCCAAUAGCUUUGAGAUGGGUGAAGAUAGCCAAGAGUCUCCGUAUCUAAAGGAUGAACUAUCUAGCUGUCUCAGUUCAAUGCUAGAUGUUAUAGCAGCCAGUGGAAGUCCAGUAAAAAGCCAGCAGCUGGGAGAACCAGACCUUACAAUAGAGGAGAGGAAGGAGUUUUUAUUGGAUCAGUACAAAUCUAAGCCCUUAGUUUUUCUGGAGCGUUAUCAGGCUCAUCUAAAGCCAGAGCACACAAAGGCUUUCUCUCACCUGAGCAAUGAAUGCAGGGCACAAUAUUACUGCAAGGAAAUUCAGAGACGGGCAUCCAACAAAGCCAGUCGGACAAGAAUCCGUAACCAUCGCUAUGCAGCUCUCCGUGCGCUUCAGAAGGGUGGCCAGUACUUCAGCGAGGAAGAGAUGCGUGUGCGAGAUCCACUGCUGUACGAGCAGUACAUCGGACAGUACCUGAGUGAAGAGGAGAUCUUUGAGCGCUCAGAGGAGUCCAUGAGGAACGGCCCAAAGGGACUCUCCGACCUGCUUAUUAAUUCCUAUCAGGAAAAACUGAUUCAGAAUCGCCUGGAGGAGGAUCAGGAGAGGGAGCAGUGUGGAGCGGAGGAGUCAGAUGAGGAAGAUGAAUGCACAUCUAUGUUUUAGACAUCAGAUGAGCCCAGACAGGCAGAGUGGGAGCCGAAUGCGGAUGAGAAAGCAAUGCUGAGAGAAGAAUUCUUGAGUCAAAUGCAUCAGCGAUUCCUGGAUGGCAAGGAUGAUUUCAACUACAGCGAAGUGGAUGAGAACCCAGAUUAUGAUAACCUGGAUAUUGUUAGUCGGGAUGCAGAGGAACGUUACUUUGAUGAAGAUGAUGAUGACGAGGAGGAGGAGGAGGAGGAGGAGGAGGUGGAGGAGGUAGAUAUGAUGCAGGAGAUGCAGGAACCCAAAUCUAAAUACAAUUUCAUGUAAAUUCUGCAAAAUGUGUCAUGUGUCUUUGUUGUUUUGUGUUAUGUAGGUUGAAUGAAAUAAGCACUAAAUUGUCUUUAAUAAACAAGAACUAUUUUUCAA